GUAAUAAGGUCCCGCAGAAGUGUCACUGCCCCAGAGUGGGACCGCGUAGCCCGUUCUCUCCGCGCCGGCGGCCUGUCCCCGCGCUUUGGCGGGCUAGGGCAAGGGGAAAUGUUGCAGGAGGAGUCGGAUCUGUCUCUCAUUAUUGCUCAUAUAGUCCAAAAGCUCAAAGGCUCCAAUUUGUAUGCUCAGCUGGAGCGGCAGGCCUGGACCAGUCUUCAGAGACCUGAGAUUAAACUUGAAUCACUAAAAGAAGAUAUUAAGGAAUUCUUUAAAAUAUCAGGUUGGGAGAAGAAACUUCAGAAUGCUGUUUAUAGUGAACUGAGUGUGUUUCCUUUACCUAGUCAUCCUGCUGCACCUCCUGAACAUCUUAAAGAACCUUUGGUAUACAUGAGGAAAGCACAGGGAAGUUGGGAAAAAAGAAUUUUGAAGAGUUUAAAUAGCAUGUGCACUGAACUCAGUAUUCCACUGGCACGAAAGAGACCAGUUGGAGAACAGAAAGAACUUCUCAAUAAAUGGAAUGAAAUGGGAACUGAUGAACCAGAUUUAAGCCUUUUCAGACCUGUUUAUGCACCUAAGGAUUUUCUUGAGGUAUUAAUUAAUCUUCGCAACCCAAAUUAUGAAAAUGGUGAUUCUCUUAGUUUCAGGACUCAUUUGGGUUUAAUCCAAGUUCCUCUGAAAGUAAAAGACAUCCCUGAAUUGAAAGAAUUCUUCGUAGAACUCAGCUUAAAUACAGGACAACUGGGUAUAGAUGAUUCUACACAAGUGCCUCCUGAACUUUUUGAAAAUGAGCAUGUACGUAUAGGGCAAAAAGUUCUAGAAGAACAAGAUAGUGCUGCUGCUCAACAGUAUAUCAGACAAGGAAGUCCCACAGCACUGAGAGCUGAAUUGUGGACUCUCAUUUUGAAUAUUUCCGGUCAAUCUGAGGAUAUCUUGUAUUAUGAGCAGCUCAAGGCCAAUGUGAUACAACAUGACCUUUUGGUGGACAGUCUAAUAUAUAAAGAUGUGAAGUUGACAGCAAGCAAUGAUGAUUAUUAUUUUGUAUUUGAAGAUUAUUUAUAUCAGGUAUUACUUUGUUUUUCCCGGGAUACAUCCGUGUUGGGUCACUUUGCAUACAACAGUGCCUCACCACCGAAAUCAUACAUAAGAGGAAAACUAGGACUAGAAGAAUAUGCGGUCUUUUAUCCACCAAAUGGUGUGAUUCCUUUUCAUGGAUUCUCAAUGUAUGUUGCGCCACUUUGUUUUCUAUACCAUGAACCUUCCAAAUUGUAUCAGAUAUUCCGUGAGAUGUAUGUGCGUUUUUUCUUCAGACUCCAUUCCAUCUCUUCUCAUCCUUCUGGUAUUGUGUCACUGUGUUUGCUGUUUGAAACUCUUCUUCAAACAUAUCUUCCCCAACUCUUUUAUCAUCUGCGAGAAAUUGGGGCUCAACCACUUCGCAUAUCAUUUAAAUGGAUGGUUCGAGCUUUCUCUGGAUACUUAGCUACGGAUCAACUCUUGCUUUUAUGGGAUAGAAUCUUAGGAUAUAAUUCUUUGGAAAUUCUUGCUGUCCUGGCAGCUGCUGUGUUUGCUUUCCGAGCAGUGAACCUGAUGGAGGUGACAUCACUGGCUGCAGCUGAAGCAGUUCUUGCUGACCUUUCCACUUUAAAAGUUAUGCCUCUUCUUCAAAUUUUUCUGUUUGCUACUGUCACCUGAUCUUCUUCAAGGUCACUGACAACACAUCUAGUUUUUCAUUAGAAACUAAUCAUGAACUAUGCAAACUCUGCAUAAAACCAAAAUUAAACUUUGCAUAUAAGCCAAUAAAGAUCAUGUUCCCUUUGCAGUUAAACCUAAGUAAUUUUUUACUUUUUGAAACAAUAACUGCACACCAAAUAUUGCACUGCAUGCCGCUAAUUUUCAAAAGAGAAGCAAUAGACAUAACUUCUGCUAAAUUACACAUACUGUAUAUAUAAUCCUGGCUUGUAAAAGGCAUGUAAGAAUAUAUGCAAUAAGAACUGAAGAUACUGUAAUAAACUUGAAGAGGUAAUGUAGCUUCUGGGACAGUUCUCUUAUGUCAGUUUGUGAGUUUAUCACUAGAUAAUGUUUUAUUUUGUCUUUAUGAAUUGGUCUUCACUCAGAGCCUCUGGUGGGGUUUGGAGGAUGGGGAGACUUGAGUAAGAUAACACUUUUAAGUAGGAAGUCAAAUGUACUUUGGUGUUUUGGGCAACUUCUCUCACCAGACAUCUUCUAGAUCCCUCUCCAUUUUAUUUCUCCCUUAAAGGUCUCUACUGGUAAGGUCAAAUACAAUUGUCUCCCUAUGAUAAUAGUUUAUUCUUCAUUGUGAAAAAAAUCAGAGAAUUAUGGGGUGAUCCUUUUGAACUUCACAGCCUUCCAUCUCUUGGUUAGAAGACUUGGCACUGCUGAGGUCUGUUGCCAGAUUCUGUUACUUUGGAAGCAUACAAAGAGGAUAGCCUGGGGAAUGAAGGAAAUGACAAAUCAAAACCAAGCCCACCUCGACUGAAGUUUGAUUUAAGGAGAUUUACUGUUAGGGAAGAGCAGCUGAGAGAGACUAGAAGGAGAACUGAAGACAUUAUACAAGGCAUCAGUCUUGUUUUGGUCUUUAUUUAAAGUGACGGGUAUUAUUUUAUGUUAGUUACUAAAGGCCUACCAUUUCUAUAAGAUGUAUUAAUAGUAUGUAAGAAAAAAAGUCCAAAAACUAUUAUCUUUCAAUUUUAGACUCAAAUUUAAGAUAUUGAUAAUUUCAACAAAACUGUAAAUUGAUAGAUCGAUACUCUUAUGGGUUGCCUAGAAUUCUAUUAAGUUUUAUCCAGAUGUAUGUAAUGAGCCUUAUUUAGAGAAUAUAUAUUAGGAAAUGUGUGAGGUUUAGCAUAAGAUUGCAAGGGUGGUGGAGUUUGGUAUAUCUAGUUAUUAAUUUGAGAAUCUAUAGUAUGUGUUUAUAUUUAUCUGGCACUUGUUAACUUACUGAGGACUAAAUAAUUUAUUCUGCUAUUGACUCUUAAACCCGUGUUAUUGCUUUUAAAGGUGAUACAGUUAUAGUCAUAUGCUUCGCCAUUCUGUGUGUGCAAAUGUACAUCCAUCAAGAGGGCAAAGCAUACACCUAGAACUAUUGUCUCCCUUCUUCUCCCACUUUGAGAAAAUGAAAAAAAAUGUUAGGAGGAGAAAGAGUUUUUAAAUGAUUAAGAGUUUUGAAUGAUUAUGUGUACAGAUAUGCCCAUCUUUGACUUUCUUCUUUGGUGGAAUAUUCAUAAGCUUUUUUAGAGGAGACAGUGUAGUAGUCUAGUAGGAAAAACACUAGACUGCGGAGUUCUUUUUCUAGCUAGAAAUCCUUAGAUAAUUUAAUCACUCUUAUCUGUAAUUUUGUGCGGCAAGGGGCAGUAAAAAUUUAUUAUACUUGCUCUGUUUACCUUACAAGGUUGUGUAGGACCAAAUGAGAAAAUAUAUUUGAAAGUAGUUUUUUAAACUGUAAACCGUCAGACAAAUGUAAGAUAUUAUUGGUAAUUAGUUUUAAAUAUGACAUUUUAAGGUCAAGUGGUAGAGGAUAAUAUAUAAAGAAUGCCCAGCCUCAUUAGCGUUGGUAUAAUUUUACUUGAUAAUUUGUUUCUAUGUCUAUAAAAAAAUGAAUGGACCAUGACAUAGCAGAUCCUUUCAUUUGGAACACGUAGCCUCAGCCAGUAGUCCUGAAUCUGAAUCCCAAAGCCAGUGCUGGUAGCUACCGCAAACCCCUCUCUACCAUAUACUGCUCUUGGCCGCUUGUUAAAAUACUGCACUGAAGCCACUCAGGCGGCCUUGCCCAUUCCAGUUAGGAACUUAAUCUCUAACUGUAUCACCUUACCCUACCUCCCGUAGCUUCCUUCCUCCUGCACCCUCCUGAGCCAUUCCCUACAAGCCCAUGACCCUCUCCACAUCUCCUCUGCCAGUGAUCACAAGGAUCUGAGUCACCAGUGAUACUUAUAUAUAAUUAUUCUAUGGCAAUUGGCACUGAUAGUGAAAUAGCUUAAUAGAUGAAUUGUAUUUGGCCCUUCUGGAUUUCAGUUCACCCACUGAUAUAAUGUAAUUCACUCUCCCGCCCUGUAAUAUAACUUUAUAUUAUGGAAGGGUUUAUUGAACUCUUUCUGACAAGAAUGUUUCUGUAAUGCAUCAUUCUGGCUAAUAGAAAUUUCCAGGUUGCCGUAACUGCAUAGCACCCCCUCACACUCAGCGUAUGUUUGCCCAUCCUAUUUCACAGUGAAAAUAAAGACAAUUAGCCUUGAACUUCCUCAGCCUUCCACCUCAAAACUUAGCGUUAUCUCCCAACACUUGUCUUAAGAAGUGUCUAAUCUAUUCCUACAGUUUUCUAAAUACAGAUUUGAUUAUGUCACUUCCAUGCUUAAAAAAUUCAACAACUCCCCAUUGCUUAAAGAAUAAAACCCAGGCUCUGUGAGAUGGCAGGAAGAGUUCUUCACAUCUUGGUCUUUCCAUUGUCAUACUCCCACAGCUGAUCCAUUAUCCUGUACCUCAGCCUUACCAGAUCACAUACUGAUCCAGCCAUGGCCAUGCACUUUUGUCUUUGCCAAAAGGACCUUUCCCAUUUUUCAAGGCCCCACUCAAAAAUCUCCUCUAUUGUGAACAUACCCUGGAGCCUGUGAAUUAGAAUUAAUUAUGCCUUUCGCUUUGUUCUUAUGAAACUGUUCAUUCAUUAGUAUGGUGCUUAUAAUAUUGAGUGAUAGUAUUUUGUCUGCAUGUUCUACAAGUUCUUAAGUCACCAUGUUCUCAAGUCCGUU